GGAGGUUACAUCAUUGUUAUCUUUUGGCGGGAUUUUGAUUUAAGAAACAAGAUGAUCCAAUAAUUUGUUUGCUAAUUUUGUUCGUUUUAAGUUUUUUCUAUACUAAACAUAUUCCAGUUAGUCCAUUUAAGGAAAUUAUUCACUUUUACUUGAAUCGACGAGAAGAAAGAGAAUAUCAUUCUAUUUUCUCUGUUUAAAUCUUUCUUAUAUUCAUCUAAUUGCUAUAAGGAAAACCCAAUAAACCCCUGCUUGACAGUUUAUCUAGCAUAAUGGCAAUACCUGUGGAAAAUAUAAAUUUUUCUAAAGAAGAAAAUGAUGAAAAAUGUAUUCACAGCCUUCCUUGUAAGAUACAUUUCAAUGGGGAAGCCAAUAUCAGUGAUUUUUUUAUACCGGCUUCCGAAAACGAAAAUCAAGAAGAAUUGGAUGUUUCUUUUCGCGGUUAUCCACUCUGUGGUGUGAAAGUAAAAGUUCCUGAUGGUUAUAAUGGUUUUAUUUUGCAAGAAAAAAGCGAAAAUACGUCAAAGAAACUGUGUUGUGUAAGAACGUUUAAAUCCAUCACAUAUUGGAAUUGGGAUAAAAAACCAUCGAAAAAUGAUCCAUUUCUUUCCGCCUUGGAUUGGGCUGAUUUGUGUCAGAUUCAUGAUCCCAUCGAAGAUGAAACUGAAGACUGAAAUGAAGUAUAAUUCAUGUAUAUUAAUUUUAUUUAAUAUGUUUCAUGCUGUAAAUAUCAAAAAUAAGUUAAUUGUCAUUUAAUUUUUUUUGUUUUUGCUAUUAAAUUUUUUUCAUAUUUAAAUGCGUUUAGCUUAUAUUUUGCUUACUAUAUGUUUGUGAGGAUUAUGUUGCUAAAGCAAUAAAAGGUUAUUUAAUAUUAUUUAUAAUUUGUGUUUUUAUCUGAAGUUAAUUCUAAACCUUUGAUAAGAAUCAAAGACUUGUAUUUAUAAAUAUAACUAAGGACUGCCACAUAAUGGAGUGAUGCGGCAAGACAGAACAAAGCGUUUGCCACUGCAUAGUGGAGCGAAGCUACAACCGCUCAUUACAUUCCAUUUUUCUUCCGUCGUCUCCACUUGUUUUUCCUUCUCCUAAUAAAUGGAAAAUUCUUCAUUGAAAACAUGGUAUACUUUGAGAUGAAACAAAAGAAAGAAGACUAAUGUUGAUACCAUCAACUGAAGAUGGAAUGUUUUGGAAAAUUUUCAUUCUUAUUUUCAAAUGGUUAUUACUUACUUUUGAUUACAUUCUAGCUAAAACAAGAAGUGUACUAAUUAAAAUUUGAUCCUAUCAUUUAUUAUCCUUACUAGCAUCAUUGUCACAGACUUUUCAUUUUGAUUGAGAGGGGCAAUGGGUC